AUGGCCAAAUCAACUAAUAAAAGUUCAAUCGACGAAUCAUCCGAUAUUAUCGAGCGUAAGGCAAUAAAUUCAAAUGGACAUCUUGGUUGUCUCUACGAUGGAACUCGAGAUCGAAUAAUUGAUAAAAAAGGCACAACCGUGCAAGAACAGUGGUUACCGCCCACCAAACCAGCACAAUGUGAAAUUAUAAAUAGUAUUGUGGAUUCACAGCCCAAUCUACUUCAAUUGAUUGAUGUUGAACCAGAAUUACGAUUAAGUUUAUUGUUGAACCUAGCUACUAGACCCGGAAUAGCACAAGUUUUAAAUUAUUCUCAACCGAUAGACCACCCUGAGAAUUCAACAACACGAGUUCUUGUAACUACCAAUCUGCAACAGAAACGUUUUGAAUCUUUCCCUACAACAAAAUAUCAUUCGAGCACUAGCGAUGAUAAAAUUACUAGUGAAUAUUCAUUGAUUAAUAGUGACCCACGUGAUCGAAAUCUCAGCUCCAGUGACCUUAUGAACGAAAAGUGCCAAUCGAAAUCGACCAAACUACAUCGAGAAGCAAAUAAAAAAGAUAAUAGCAGCUCUAUCUUAUGUCCAACACAUGCUGAUUCUCAUUAUUCUUCAUUGCCACAACAGCAUAUGACAAUAUCGACAUCAGAUAAAAUUGACCAACUUGAAAAUCGUUCAAAGCAGAAACUAUCCUCUCAAGUUAGCGCCCCUGAAACUUCUUCAACUUCACCAUUAUCUCCAUCUCCAUCACCACCAUUACCCAACGAUGAUACUAUUAAUAUUCUUCUUCUUGGUGAAACAGGAGUUGGUAAAUCAACUUUUAUUAAUGCUUUUGCCAACUAUUUGACAUUCAGUUCAUUUGAAGAAGCAGAAUCAAAUGAACCGAUUGUAAUCAUUCCUGUCUCAUUUAUUAUGACGAUUGAUGAUAAUUUUGAAGAACGUACAGUCAAAUUUGGUGAAGUCGAUAAUUUAAACAAUGAGAAUUUCAAUACCCUUGGUCAAUCCGUAACACAACAUUGUAAAUCUUAUGUAUUUGCUCUUAGUAAUGGUGAUGGAAGAAAGGUACGUAUUAUUGAUACACCUGGAUUUGGUGAUACAAGAGGUCUUGAUCAAGAUGAACAAAAUAUGGAACAUACUUUACAAUAUAUCAAUAAUCUUACCCAUUUGAAUGCUAUUUGUUUUCUUCUUAAACCAAAUAUAUCAAGAUUAAAUAUCUUUUUUCGUACAUGUCUUAUUCAACUGUUUUCUCUUCUUGCUCCAACAGCUCGUAAUAAUAUUAUCUUUUGUUUUACUAAUGCUCGAUCAACAUUUUAUACGCCUGGAAAUACAGCUCCAUUACUGAAGGCAAUGCUUGCAUCAUCGUCGAUCAAUGAUAUUUCUUUCAAAAAAGAGAAUACAUUUUGUUUUGAUAGUGAAUCAUUUCGAUAUUUAGUUGCUUUACAAAAUGAAAUUAAAUUCAGUGCUGAAGAAAAACAAGAGUAUGAAAUAAGUUGGUCAACAUCAGUAAGAGAAUCCAAUCGUUUGAUUAAUUAUAUUAGUAAAGAACUGAAUGCAUAUCGUAUAGACAAAGGAUGGCAAUCGAUUAAACAUGCUCAAUUCGAAAUCUCUUAUAUGAUUCGUCCAAUAUUAGAAACAAUAAGAAAUACUCUUCGUAAUCUCAUCUUAUACAAGGGGAACCUAUCGAAUCAAUACAUUGAAAUAAAUUCGAAACCUCUUCAUUUCGCAGCUAGUCGUUGUCGUUCUUGUAAAGGUGAUCUACAGCAAGUUGGUCAAUUUUGGAUUUUAUCUACUAGUCUACAUGAAGUUCAUAAUGACUGUCUCAUGUGCAAGUGUACGCUUGAUCUACAUGUUCCAAUUGAUUAUGUUCUCGACUAUAAAUGUUCAAAUAAAACUUCCAGUGAUCUUCAAAAUAAAAUGACCGAUAUACUAAACAAUCUGUGUCAUGCGAGUGCUAAAUUAGCUCAUUUUCUUAUCCAUACGGCUUGUUCUACAAAAGAUGAUCCAUUUUCGAUGGGCUUGGAAGAAAUGAUUGUAGAAGAAACAUAUAUCUGUGAAAUUCAAAAACCAAAUGAUUUCAACAUACAAUUGGUUCGAGAUUUGUCAAAACUUGAAAAUCAUGAUAUUGUUAAACAUAGUGUUAAUGUAUUUGAUAAAGCCAUCGCGUAA